AUUUUUAUUCAAUAAGAUUUUAAUUUUUUUGAAAUUUUUUGUAAAUUUUAAAAGAAAAUUAUAAAAUAAUUUGAUAAUUUAGAUAAUAGAAAGGGAAUUAGAAUAAAAUGAAUAGCAGAGAUCGUCUUAAUUAUUCUGAAAAUCAGCAAUUAUUAAAUUCUGAUAACAAAAGGAGAUAUUCAAGAAGUUAAAUGGAAAGAGGGUCAUACGAUUAAAAUAAAUCUCCUAAUGAUAUUGAUUAUUAUGAGCCAAGACCAGAACGUAAAGUAAAGGAGUUAAAAGAGCAUACAUAGUUGCGUACUUAAUUGAUAGACCAUACUGGUUAUUUGCAAGAUAAGAUCUAUACAACAUGCUAUCCUCUAGGAGCUAAAAUUUCUUAAACUUUCAAAUCUAUAUUCAGAAAAGGAGAUACAUAUGUUUAAAUUUUAGAAGAAACCAAAAAAAUAGUUUAAAAAGAUAUUCCUGACGAUAAGCCAUCAUUGCCAAAUAAAAUUUUAUAAUUAAAAAUAAAUGAAAUAUCAAAUCAGGAGCUUGAUCCUAAUUUAUCUCAUCCGUUUGUUCGUGUACACAUAGUUGACAUGAAAAACGGUAUUUAUGUUUAAAAAUCUAAAAAUGAUCGCGAUUGCUUAAUUAGAGGUGAAUCUUUAGCAAUAUUUGAUGAAACAAAAAAGGAAUAUGAAUCAUUUAAAAAUGAUUUAAUUUACUCUUUCGCUACAAAUUGUGUUGAUCUGAGAGAGGCAGGAGGAGCCCGUGCUAGAUGGAAUGAAACUUUUUUGAUCAAUGAGGAGAUUGAUAAUAUACUAAAAGAAGAUAUUAUAAUCCUAUUUGAAGUACUUGAUUUUAAUCCUAAGCAACUUUAAACCAGAGAUUUUAACAAUCUAGACCAAGAUCAUUAUUAUAAGGUAGCUUGGGGAUAUAUUAGACCAAUAGGCUUAGCAAAAACUCACUUCGGAUUAUCAAAAGUUUAGUUAUACAAGUAUAUAUUUGAUUCUUAAAAGCUUAACCCCAAGCAAAGAAGGCAUUUUAUUCCUCUCGUUUACUUUGACUUCAUAUGGCCUAACAAAACCAAUUAUGAAGGAUUUCUAUCUGUUUAAAUUUCUCCAAUUGAUGCACCUCCAGAAAUAAGAGUUCCAUAUAAAGCAAUGAAUGUUUUUGAAAUUGAAUCAGAUGAUCAUUUUUAUGGAGGGUCUAGAAUUACUAAAAGCAGGCUUAAAGAUUAGAUGGCUCGAGAAUACGAAGAUGAAAUACUAGAUAAGGAAAAAGAAAAGGGAAGGAGAAUUCGUGAACCUAACAAACCUUGUAUAUUCCCUGAUAAACUUAUGAAGAAAUUCAUAUCAGCUGAAUUAGGUUGUUUUAGAUUGUCUUUUAGUCCGAAUGGAAAGAUAUUGGCAGCUGCUUGCACAAAGAAAAAUGGUGAGACAAUAAUUAAAUUCUUCGAUGUUGAUGAAAGCUUUGCUUAAAUUUAUCAGUAUAGAGGACAUACUAAUUUGAUUCAUUGUAUGGACUGGAUGAGAAGCACAAAAAAUUACACUUUACUUUCUACUUCAUCUUCUGAUUUCUCCAAUAAAGUAUGGAAAGUUCCUUUCUACUCAUAAACUGAUGAGUAUAUUGAUGAAGAUGACAGUGAAGAAUAUUAUCUAUCAGCAAACAUCCACCAUCCUUCAUAUGUCUAUUGCAGUAAGUUCUAUCCACUAAGAAAGGGAAGUAGCAAUCUUCUCUUAGUAACAGGCUGUUUUGAUUCUUACGUUCGUUUCUUUUUCAUAAACCAAGAAGCGAUAGGAUAAAAACUAGAAUGCUAGCACAAGAUUUUAAUAAGUUAAGGAGGAGAAUUCGAAUAAUAUAAUAAUUUGUUAGAUCAUAGACAUCCAAAUUGCAUAGAGUUCGAUUCACAAUCGCUUAUGUUUGUUGGAGAUUCUCUUGGUCUUAUUCAUCUUUAUAUUGUGACUAGUGUGUUGGAUGAUCCAAGAAGUGUUUAAAAACAAAGAAUUAUUGAAAACCCAAAUUUAAAAGGAGAUCCUAUUAGCUAGUUGCAUUAUAUAUAGAAUAAAAAAUACCUGAUUGUCCACUCUAGAAAUAACUGCAUUUGGAAUGUAGAAAUAUAAAAUAAACCCACUAUUACAAACAAGUAUAUUGGUUCAUUUUCUUCAAAGUUUCCUGUGCACUCUUGCGUUUCUCCAGAUGAAAUAUGGAUAUUAAGUGGGUCUGAAGAUGGUAAACUUCACUUAUGGGGAUUAGAAGACAAAGGCUAUGACGAUUAUAGCAUUCGUUCAAAUUUAGAUAGAAUCAAUGCUCUUGAGUAUAAUAUUGAUGGUGUAAUAUCAGAUGUUUCCUGGAAUAGUACCUAUCACAUGAUAGCAGUAUGUGGUUUUGGAAAAGACCAUCCUAUUGGUGUUUAUUACUUCGAAAAAGAAACAGAUCUCACUUUAGCACAAUAUAGAGACUUGAAAGAUAAACUUGAUCAGCAAGAAAAAAUGAGAAUGCAAUUCGAUUUAGAUCAAGAGUAUCAGCAAGAUCCUUAUGAUCCAAAAAUCAAUAGAUAAUACUAAAAUAACUAUUACACUACGUAUUGAAAUAGUUUAGCAAAAUUUGCUAUAAUUUGAUCUUGAAAAUUAAAUAAAUUAAAAAUAAAAUUCAUCAAGAAAUCAAAUUAAAAAGCAAAUCUAGGUACAAAAAAAAAAAAAAAUAAAUAUAAAAUAAUAAAGGUCUAAAUCAUUUUCCUAGCGUUUAAUAAAUUAUUAAAGUAGUUACUUUUUAUGUGUAUAUAGUAAACAGUUUUAUUUUGUAUGCUUUAGAUUCCUGGGCAAU